AUGCUGCUGCUCUGUGCCCUGCUCCUGUCCGGGCUGCAGCUGGGGGUGAGCGCAUUCACCUACAACCUGAAAUGCUACGAGUGUUCGGCCAUCAACACCUUCCAGUGUUCGACUCUUAAGACCUGCGAGUACGAGAUCAGGCGCUGUAUGACGGUCUCCAUCCGCCUGAGCUCGCGGGAAGUGCUCGUGUACAAGAACUGCACGAACAACUGCACGUUCGUCUAUGAGUCCGAGAUGCCGCCCCCGGCACCUAAGGUCCUGAGGACCAACAGCUUCUACUGGGUGAGGUGCUGCGGCAUCAUGAGCUGUAACGUGGGGGGGCCCACCAACAUGGAGCGGGACAUCCUUCCCGACCAGACCAUCGAGGAGGAGCUAGAAGGGGCCAUGCGCCUGGGGGGCGGAGGGCUCUGGGGGGUCCUCCUGAGCUGCGCCUCCAUCCUCGUGAGCAGCGCCCUGACAUGA